AGUGAGGGAUUGUAAUCUUAUAAGCUUAUAAUCAAAGUUUAUAAUCUUGUCUCUCGGAAUUGUGCACGUUGUGUGUUGUGUUGUACGUUUUGUAUGUUUUGUUAGUCCUUGUGACAUUUUGCUGUCGAGAUAACACACAAUAUUUAAUACACAAUUAAUACAAGUUGAUGUACUAUGAAUCGAUUGGAUGAUCCGCCGGGGCUCAUGAAAAGCAGAAAACCAUCUUUCAUUGGGAUGAACGGAGCCCCAGAGACGGAUGAUCAACAGCGAUUACGGUUUCAGAUUGAAUUAGAGUUUGUACAAUGCCUUGCUAAUCCAAAUUAUCUGAAUUUUUUAGCACAACGUGGCUAUUUUAAAGACUCAACAUUUAUCAAUUAUCUCAAGUAUCUAUUAUAUUGGAAAGAGCCAGAGUACGCAAAAUACUUGAAAUAUCCCAUGUGCUUGUAUUUUCUGGAUUUAUUGCAAUAUGAGCACUUCAGACGAGAAGUUGUGAAUUCUCAGUGCACAAAAUUUAUUGACGAUCAACAGAUUCUGUUGUGGCAGCAUUACACACGACGUCGAACGAGACUUUUGCAAACGGCUGCUGAGCAAACGCAACACAUCAAUCCUCAGAAUAAUGGUAUCGCACAACCCAAAGUUCCCUAAAAUUUCAACUUUCAUCAUGUUCAUUCCACAUAUUCAGAAAAGUGAACAUAGAUUUUUACAUUUCACAUGAUUUUUCCAAUAUGAUAUUUUUGUGUAAGAAAUGAUAAAGAAAUGAUAUAUUGUUUGACUGUGAUAAUUUAUGAAUUCUCUCACAUUUCUGUAAACUAAUAAAAUAAUAUCUCUUUCUCA